AACCUCAUUUAGGGUACACACUUGGCAAGCCAAAUCAUACCAAGAAUAUGUCUUUUAUAUGUCCGAGUAUCUUAUUGAAACAUACUAAUCUUUGCGUUGCUGUAAAUUUGAAUCUGCAGCGAUAGUGCGAUAGUAUUCAAGUUGGAAAUAACAGAAGGCCGUUUUAUUUUCAUCUGUGAUAAUUUUUAGAAUUGAAAUAGAUAUACCGCAUUAGGCUAACACUGAACAAUUUCUAGGAUAUUUUUCAUUUUUAUUUAUUUUUUCCUCAGUUUACCCUGAAUAAAUCGUUUUCUGUAAUUAACAGCUAUUACCGAGAAAGUUACAGGGAGAGAACAACUCAAGAAUUCACAUUUACACCGCAAAUGACACCUUUGCGUUUUAGUAUAAUAAUUCAAAUCCCACUGAACUAUUGAUUACAGGACAUAGGCAUACUCACUCCAGUCUCCGUCCCAAACGCCAGAAUCGUGCAAUGGCAGGGAAAUGGGUGAAAGAACAUGCUCAUAUUGCAUGUAUUGCUCUUGCAAGUGCAGGGAUUUCCUAUGGCUUGUAUCACCAUAAAGAAGCAGUGAGAAAACUUUGUUCAAGGCGCCUCACAGGAGGUAUAAAGAAAGCAGAGAGAGAAAUCCACAUUGUUACAAAUUCUAAAGAAUGGUUGGAGAUAUUUCCAGCUCUUUUAAGACAAGUAAAAUAUGAUGGUGCAGUUGGGUUUGACUGUGAAUGGGUUCAUGUCAAAAAACAACGUCGUCCUGUAGCUCUUCUGCAGUUAGCCUCCUCCUUCGGAAUGUGUGUGCUCGUACGAUUAUCACAGAUGAAAGAUGACAUUCCAGUGACAUUGAAGGAAUUCUUAGAAGAUGGCACAGUGCUGAAGGUGGGAGUUGACUCACUGAAAGAUGGAUAUUAUCUUGCAGCAGACUAUGGACUGAUGGUGCAUGGCUGUGUUGAUUUACGUCAUUUAGCUCUACAAGACCAGCAGGCAGGUGACCAGGCCAAACCUUCCACCAAAAAACAGUUAAAUGGCAAAGGAUUGAAUGCACUAACAGAGAUGUAUCUUGAUCGCUCUUUAGAUAAGAGCUGGAGAGUGAGAGCCAGUGAUUGGGAGGCUGAAAAACUCACCCAAAGACAGAUAAAAUAUGCAGCAGAAGAUGCCUUGUCAGGAAUCCACAUCCUGAUAAAGAUAUUAGAUUGUUACUGGCAACCAUCAUCUCUCACAUUAUCUAUUGCUCCAGAAGCCUAUUGGUACCAAGAAGUACAGUCUGCUAUACAAAGAAUGUGUCACCAGUGGAUUGACAGAAAGUUUACAGAUGUGAAAACAGAUUUUACACCAAGUGCUGGCAAAAGUUACAUUCAGCCUGCAGUACCUGCAAAGAUGAAGAAAAUCAAAGAUGGAUUUUCAGCACGUAAAGGACCACAUUACUAUAACAGUCUACUUUAUGCACCAGAUAAUCAGCUGUUGUGUACAUGCGACUCCAAAAAAGCCUUGUGGUACGUUGCAAAGGGCUUAGGUGAAAUUGUUUCUGAAGAUCCUCUCACUGUUCGCCUUAAAUUUGAGCCUACUGGACGACCACAGUACCAGGAAGGAGAUGGGGAGUUUUACCUUCAAGAACGUCUCAAUAUAUGUGUGGUAUGUGGCAAAGGAGAGAAGUUAAUGAAGAAGAAUGUUGUUCCUCAUGAGUAUCGCAAACAUUUUCCAGAUAUUUUAAAGACUCACCAAAGUCAUGAUGUUAUUCUUUUAUGCAGUGAUUGCUUUCAAACUAGUAACAGUGAGGAUGAUCUCUUGCGAUCACAGCUUGCUGAAGAGUGUGAUGCCCCCAUUGGAAUUGAACAUGACAACCAGGUUCAGGUUGAACGAGAAUGUAAAUUAGUGCGAAAUGCAGGUAGAACAUUGCUUAGAACUGGAGACACCCUUCCAGAAGAAAGAGUGAAGGCAUUAGAAAAGAUAAUUAUGAAAUAUUAUGAAGUAGAUUUCAUUACAAAAGACCACCUUGAACAAGCAACAAACAUGAAAGUAAAAGUGUCAAAUGACAAGUAUCGUAUUCAUGGACAGAAAGUAUAUGAAAGGUAUGAAAAAAUUGGAAUCAUGAAAUUGGAACAAAGGUGGCGCAAACAUUUCCUUGAAAGUAUGAAACCACAGCAUCUUCCAAAAUGCUGGUCAGUUAUGCACAACAUGUUUAAAAUGCGUCAAAAAAUGAGCUUUCUUCCCCUUGAUCACCCUGAUCGCAGGAAGUUUCAGAUUGCAUUGGUUGGUUCUGAGGGCCACAUUGAAGUGCCGUAUAUGCCUCCCCCAGCCAAGCAAAGUCUUGGAGAUUUUUCUUAUGAAGAAAAUGGAGAUGCAAUGAUUUUUGAAGCUUAGUCCCAUUUUCUUGUUAGUCAGGAUUAAAUGAUAUUUAGACAUAAUGAUUUGCCAUUGCAUUUUAGUUUUUUUUCCAGUGCCUUGAGAGGAAAGCAUAUAUAUUUUUUAUUACUUCAUCAUUUUAAAGCUUAAGCUUGAAAGUUUUAAUGACCAGAAUGAAUUCUCACCUUUCUGUAAUAUGCAGUACAAAUGAAAUAACCAUGUUUCACAUGCUGUUAAUAGCAUACAUCAAUAAUUCUAAAAACACGUCUACUUAUAUUUUUGUGAAGUAGAUAUAAUUACACCACAAUACAGUCCUUUUUUAAUGAUUAAGAUGCAACUAGGGUAUAGAAACCAGUUUUCUGAAGCUUUAAUCAUUAUCUAUAUGGCUGAUGCAAUCCUUUUACUUUGAAUACUGAUGAAUGUCCAUAAAUGAUAUCAAAGAAAUGUUACAGUUCAUUGGAUGAUUUAGUCUAGUAUGUAUUGUUUAUUUUCUAAUUUUAUAUAAAAAAAUAUUGAUAGAAAUAUAAAAGAUAUAGAGCAUGUCUUUUAUAAGGAGAAAACUUUAGAUUUUAUUGUAUUUCAUUCCACUACAAUAGUUUUGAUUAAAAUAUUGUAUAUGAAAAUGGGAAAAGGUAAAUUUAACCAUUAAUUCUAGGAAUGCACAUUUUUAAUUUGUAUGGAUUAAGAGGAAAAUCUUAAGCUUAUGUUUCCUAUACUAUCUCAGCAGAAAGUAGUUAAUAUAUGUUUAUAUUUU